AUGAAAAACAUACACGGGGGGCAGCCGGGAUCAAAGCCCUGCUCUCCGGCCUCGCUGCCUGACCCUCCUGGGCUCCUCCAGCCUGACCCUCCCGGGCUCCUCCAGCCUGACCCUCCCGGGCUCCUCCAGCCUGACCCUCCUAGGCUCCUCCAGCCUGACCCUCCUAGGCUCCUCCAGCCUGACCCUCCUGGGCUUCUCCAGCCUGACCCUCCUGGGCUCCUCCAGCCUGACCCUCCUGGGCUCCUCCAGCCUGACCCUCCUGGGCUCCUCCAGCCUGACCCUCCCGGGCUCCUCCAGCCUGACCCUCCUGGGCUCCUCCAGCCUGACCCUCCUAGGCUCCUCCAACCUGACCCUCCUAGGCUCCUCCAGCCUGACCCUCCUAGGCUCCUCCAGCCUGACCCUCCCGGGCUCCUCCAGCCUGACCCUCCUGGGCUCCUCCAGCCUGACCCUCCCGGGCUCCUCCAGCCUGACCCUCCCGGGCUCCUCCAGCCUGACCCUCCCGGGCUCCUCCAGCCUGACCCUCCGGACUCCUCCAGCCUGACCCUCCCGGACUCCUCCAGGCUGACCCUCCCGGGCUCCUCCAGCCUGACCCUCCCGGACUCCUCCAGGCUGACCCUCCCGGGCUCCUCCAGCCUGACCCUCCCGGACUCCUCCAGGCUGACCCUCCCGGGCUCCUCCAGCCUGACCCUCCCGGGCUCCUCCAGCCUGACCCUCCCGGGCUCCUCCAGCCUGACCCUCCCGAACUCCUCCAGACUGACCCUCCCGGGCUCCUCCAGCCUGACCCUCCCGGACUCCUCCAGCCUGACCCUCCCGGGCUCCUCCAGCCUCACCCUCCCGGGCUCCUCCAGCCUGACCCUCCCGAACUCCUCCAGACUGACCCUCCCGGGCUCCUCCAGCCUGACCCUCCUGGGCUCCUCCAGCCUGACCCUCCCGGGCUCCUCCAGCCUGACCCUCCCGGGCUCCUCCAGCCUGACCCUCCCGGGCUCCUCCAGCCUGACCCUCCCGGACUCCUCCAGCCUGACCCUCCCGGACUCCUCCAGGCUGACCCUCCCGGGCUCCUCCAGCCUGACCCUCCCGAACUCCUCCAGACUGACCCUCCCGGGCUCCUCCAGCCUGACCCUCCCGGACUCCUCCAGCCUGACCCUCCCGGGCUCCUCCAGCCUCACCCUCCCGGUCUUGACCACUUAA